AUGUGUCAUGCCGGUCACGGUUCCUCAUCAGAUGCCAAAGAAGAUGGUCAUGGAGUACAGCGCGUAGGCAUGGUGUCUUCAUGGAUCAAUAACUUUCCAGACAUCGCUGGGAGUUUCUUAGAUGAAAUGGAUAAUGCAUUGGGGUUUCGGCUUUCUCGUGUUAUUGCCGAAGGACCGAAUUCAGAGCUGAAUAAGACUGAGAAUUCCCAACCUGCUAUUAUGGCGACGUCAAUAUUGAUCCUUCGAAUCUUAGAACAAAAAUUUGGGUUCGAUACGAAAUCUCGUGUGGAUGUCACCCUUGGUCAUAGCCUGGGGGAGUUCUCCGCGCUGGUUACUGGGGGCUAUCUUGAUUUCAGUGACGCUCUAAAGCUAGUCCGACGGCGGGCAGAGAUCAUGGCUCAAUGCACUCGAAAAGCCUCCACGGAAUCUGGCGAGGAUUACGGAAUGGUGGCACUUGUCUGCGAGCCCGAUCAUCUUGACGGUCUGCUUGCAACAAUCCAGGAGUUCCUGGGCCUUGCAUCGACUAGUAUCAAAGAUGAUUUAAAUUACGGAACGCCGCCUAUUGAGAAAGUGAUGGUGGCAAAUGUCAACUCUAAAAACCAAAUAGUGUUGAGCGGAAGCAUUGAAAGGAUAAGAACUCUUCUCAUUCAACUUCGCCAGUUUGGAGGUCACGAUCCACGUGCAGUGAGAAUAAACAGUGAAAGCCCGUUCCACAGUCCCAUAAUGAUGCCUGCGGCAGAAUAUAUGACACGUGCUCUUGACAACAUUAAACUCAACUUCCCAGCACAUAUGCCAUGCGUUUCAAAUGUUUCUGGUCUUCCGUUCCGCUCAGAGGAAGAACUAAGGAGGCUGCUUUCACAACAGUGUGUUGAUACUGUGCGAUGGUGGGACAGUAUCAGGUAUUUAGAUCAAGAAAGAGGGGUAAAGCGUUGGAUUGGCAUUGGGCCCGGGAAAGUCGGCAGGAAUCUAGUUGGAAAGGAGGUCGGUAAGGUAAUGGCUAAAGGGGGUGGUGUUUGGGCAAUCUGUGAUACUCGCGAGCUUGAAGACAUUGUCAGGAGUCUCGAACAGACUGAAUCUGAAGUUUCGUGUGAUUAA